AUAAUAAAGAGCCGCAGAAGUAAAGAAAGAACGUUACCACAGACUCCGGACACAAGCAGCUGAAUCAAGAUCAUUUUAGAGAGACUUCAGGCUUCCCCUGCAAGUCUCCUCUUCCGUUCCUUCAGUCCCAUCUGUACUUUUUUCCCCCUCUGGUCGCAGGCUCUGCUGCCUCCACAUAAGCUCAGUCAUGCAGGUGUCCAUCGCCUGCACGGACCACAACCUGAAGAGGGGGAAUGGGGACCACAGCAAGCAGAGCGCCACCAGCCCCAACGUGGUGAACCAAGCCAGGGCCAAGUUUCGCACCGUGGCCAUCAUCGCUCGCAGCUUUGGCUCCUUCACUCCCAGACACAUUUCACUGAAGGAGUCAACAGGGAAACACACUGGCAUGAAGUACAGGAACCUUGGAAAGUCAGGACUCAGAGUAUCUUGCUUAGGACUCGGUACGUGGGUGACAUUUGGGGGACAGGUAACAGAUGAGGUUGCAGAGCAGCUAAUGACCAUCGCCUAUGAGAGUGGAGUCAACCUGUUUGACACAGCUGAGGUCUAUGCAGGCGGCAGGGCGGAAGUCAUUCUAGGAAACAUCAUUAAGAAGAAAUGCUGGAGACGGUCCAGCUUGGUCAUUACAACUAAACUCUACUGGGGAGGAAAAGCAGAGACAGAAAGAGGACUGUCAAGAAAACACAUAAUUGAAGGUCUAAAAGGCUCUCUACAAAGGAUGCAGUUGGAGUAUGUAGAUGUCGUUUUUGCAAACCGUCCUGACAGCAAUACUCCAAUGGAGGAAAUUGUUCGGGCCAUGACCUAUGUGAUCAACCAGGGAAUGGCUAUGUACUGGGGGACGUCUCGGUGGACAGCCAUGGAGAUCAUGGAGGCUUAUUCAGUGGCAAGACAGUUUAAUCUCAUCCCUCCAGUGUGUGAGCAGGCAGAGUAUCAUCUCUUCCAGAGAGAGAAAGUCGAAGUCCAACUGCCUGAACUCUACCACAAGAUAGGGGUUGGGGCAAUGACGUGGUCACCGCUGGCGUGCGGAAUCAUCACGGGGAAAUAUGAAAAUGGCAUUCCUGAAUCUUCCAGGGCCUCCAUGAAGUCGUAUCAGUGGCUGAAGGAGAAGAUAGUAAGUGAGGAUGGGAGGAAGCAACAAGCCAAGCUGAAGGAGCUGCACCACAUUGCAGAGAAGCUGGGCUGCACUCUGCCUCAGCUGGCUGUGGCGUGGUGUCUAAGAAAUGAAGGAGUGAGUUCAGUUCUUCUGGGGACGUCCAACCCUGAACAGCUCACAGAGAACCUCGGGGCUAUACAGGUUCUUCCGAAGAUGACGUCUCAUGUGGUGUCUGAAAUAGACCACAUCUUGGGUAACAGACCAUACAGUAAGAAGGACUACCGCUCUUAGACCAGGUUGGUUGACGUGGAAGAAGUCAGCCUAUCUGCUUACCCAGCUACUUAACCAUACCGCUACCAUGGACCUGUGGUCCAAUGUUUAAACUUCAUGGUUCUGUUGUUGGGCCCGACUCAGCUCCAGCCCAUUUUAGCCUGGGUCAAAUAGCCUUGCAUACUGAAACCUCGUCUGCUAUCUCAAGACUUCUCUCAAUUCUUCAGCUCUACCAGGUUCAUCUCAGGUUCAGUCCAGCCCAGCCAAGAGAUGCUAGUCAAGCUCAGCUUUUUGCAGCCUCAAAACAACUCAAACUCAAACAAAAGUCCAUUGCAGUAAAUGAAAAGUACUGGUUCAUCCAAAUAUAACUAUGCAGCUCAGAUCCAGUGCAGUCACCAUGUAGAGUGCUACAGCUUAAUUCAACUCCAUCCAGGGGCCUCAUACUGAAAUUUAAGGAAUUCGAUUCAUAGUUUUUGAUACAAUUUAACGUAAUUUUAUAUGCAGUUUGAGCAGUACAGUAUGAAAAGCACUGUAGGUGUAUUUAAAGAGUAAAAGUUCCUUGCUCAAGGGCACCUGCUGGUAGUUGACGAAUGACAGUUUGAUUUAUUUAUUCACAUUUCCCAUUCAUAUUCAGUGACUCAGACACCCAACUCUCAAGCCUCCAUCUCUAAUGUCUACACUUACAAUCAUGAGUAAUUUCAUUCGAGCACAAAGUUCACACUGAGCACAUAUUAUUUAUCCAUGAGAUUUGCGGAACCACAGCAGACUAAAUCAGUGGUUAUCCCUCGGGUAAGAUAAGAUGUACCUUUGGAAAGGCGACAUUUAGAAGCUUCAGUUUCAUUAACCCUGUCAGUCAGCCAGUGCUUUCAUUAAAAUUCGCUAUGCAGUGCAGCUUACAAGAUUACCAGAUGAGCUCAAUACUCUCACCUCUUCUGUCAGAGGACCAUGCUCCGUGUUAGGCUGAGUAAUGAUAAGUUGACCUGCUCUAUGCUGCAAUGAAUGAAGCCUCAAAAAGCCAGUUUCCUGUUAGCUUGAAUUAGCUUCCAACUACCUACCAGACAUAAUCCCUCCUCUACUUAGUAUAGCACAGAAUAGUACUGAGUAGUUAAUAUAGGCUGCAAAUGCUGAGUGUAUUAACCAAUAGAUGCAUGUAUACCCAGCUAUAGUGUGCCUCUCUUUUCUUUUUUACAAAGCGCAGAAAUAAACAAAUGAAAGAAGUUUGAACUAAAUAACUGCAGGCCUGGCUGAGGAACAUUAGUGUCAGUAGGAUCAGGACUCUCUCUGGGGAAAGAGCGAAGCAUGUCGCCCCCAUGUGCUGUAUCUGAGGAACUGCUGCUGUGCUUCACUAGAUUACACGAGAGGAAUAACAUGUUGAAGACUGCUUUUAUUAAAGAGAUGUUUGUCUCUUUUUCUGCCUGUGAACUGAACCUGCAUGGCUCAUUACCUCAAUGAACCGUGCAGAAAAGGACUUCAGCGUAUAAUAAAUAGAAUGAACGACCUCAUGGCUGCUCAUGGUUAAAACCGCAGAAUUUGCUUGUUAAUGGCACAAAAUUGGGAUGUGGUAUAGAUGACAGUAUUUAUUUUAGAGUAGUUGAUAUGAAGUUUAUUUUGACAUUUAGAGAUAUUGUUUUUGUUUGAAAAUAUAUUGGGAUGGUACAUGUACAUACAAUGUUAAAGCCUACCUUGUAACAUAAACAAAACCAUGAAGAAGCCUCUCUUGUAUAUGAUGACUUCACUGUACUGUAUGCCUAAUAUAUAAAUAAGAUGUAAAUAGAAUUAUUUUGUUGUUCCUCUGCAGACAGUCUUUAUCCCAUUCUUCUCUCUUCUGACUUCACAUUGUCACAGGAUGUUAUUCUGGCUCCUGAAAGAAGGACAUAUGUUUGCAAUGUGAAGUCAGACUACUUCAUCUGUUUGAAUAGUGGCAUUCAUUGUAAUAACAGUCUUCUGUAAGUAACACUCUUUUGUUCAUCUUUAAAACUGUCAUGAUACAUUUUCUCCGACAAGGCAUCUCAGCUGUAUGAGAUCAUUGCUGUUACCUUCGUGUGUUGUUGUUCUUGUUCUUCUUUAUCUGGAAAACAAGCCAUCACAGAGAUCAGCAGAAAGGAUGGCCAAGGUCCAGUUUCGUCACUGUCCUGUCGUCAGGGUGUUUGUUGGCUUGUUGCACAAACGUCAUCCAGGUUAUACUCAAUGUAUUUAGACUUUUGCCAAGAAGAGAACAAAUAUUGCAAUCUAGCAUCACUAAAGAAAAGUUUGGCUCAUGGUUCAUUUUAAGAGGACAAGCCUUGAAUAAUGAAUUGAGUUCCCUAGGAGUAUUUACAGUACACUCACUUGACCUCCAUUUAGUCAUCUUUGAAAUAAAAAUCCAUUCCUCAACAAAAAGAUCUGAAAAAUAGUAUAUUCAUUAGGCCAUAUGUGAACCGUAUAUCAAAUAGUGGUUUGCAAACAAGCUAAGGAUGUUUUCCUUCCCAAACCAAAUAAUUUCCUUUACCGAAAGUCAACUACGGUGAAUGUGUACUGACAUGUAGUGUUAGUUGGUGCACAAGUCAACAUGUUCUCCAUCAUUUUGACUGUACAGUGACUGUUUGGACCGUGGCCUGCCGGUGUGUGUGGAGACUGUUCCACUCGACAGAGUGCCUUGACUUGAGUCCCAUUACAGGAAAAAAAAAAUCAGGGAUGUCUCUCAUUAUUUCAUGAGGAGUUGUUCAAUUGUCUUUGGAAAACCGUACAAAGUGAGAAUAGAGCAAGUUGUAUGCAGAUUUUAAAUGACCACAUUGCCUACCUACAGUACAUGUUAUCUGUAACAUCAUCAUUAGAAAAUAAAACAAAGCCCUCACAGUACAGUUUGUGUAAAGUUGGGAAACUGAUUGACAAUUAAAUAGUAAGUUUAUCUUCUGCAUUCAAACCUGAAACUUGUCGGAUGGCUUUGUUCUGUCUUGGCCUUUAUUUGGACUAUUUCAAACAAACUUGUUUUCUUCUUAUAGAGAUAAAACAAUGUAAUCAUGUAACCUAAUACAUUCAUACAGUGAGAAUUGUCAGAAAACUGGACAAAGUCAGUCCCAAUGGUCCCAGAGAAUCAUUACAUUGUUUGAAAGUGAGUCCAGAGGACAGAAGGGAGCACAGAAACAGACAUAGGGAAAUGUUCAAUUCUCAACUGAUUGGGAUAACAUUGCAGUAAUAGAAUAUCCAACAUUAACUUUAACUAAAGGUUUUUUUGUGUUCUAGUGUGAAGUCAACCUACAUCCUAUCUGAAUACAUGAGUGUAACCUGUUCUACAGAUCAGUGUUGUUUUAACAUGUAGAUGUAGAAUCAAGGUGUUUUUGUUUAAGUGACAUACAAACCAUCUGUUUGAUUUCUCUCCUGAACAGUGUUUUCUCUGUACAUAGACUAUAAGAAAGUGUGAUUACAAAUAAAUGCAAUGCCAAUGGAAA